AUGGAACUUACUACUCCUAAAUUUAAUGUGUAUUCUACUAACACUAGAAUACUCCGUAGUGCUGGCAGAACAGUUAAUUAUAAUAUCAAAGAUGCCAUUUUUAAAGUCCCAUUUGAGCAUGGAUGGAAACGUGAAUUAAUAUACAGAACAUCAGGAAAAUCUGCUGUUGUUACUCGAGCCAAUAGAAAUGGUGAUGUAUACUAUUAUUCUCCAAAUGGCCAGAAACUACGAUCAUUACGAGAAAUUCAGGAACAAUUGGUUAUUUCAUCUGAUAAACCUUCUCUUACGAUUAACUGUUUUACAUUUUUAAAACAACCAAUUGGCAUGAAUGAUAGAUCAAAAGAACUGAUCAAAGAUGCAGAUUUAAAAUCAUUUAAGGAUGACACUACUGUUGGUGUUGCUGUUCAACCUAAAAAAUCUAAAACACCUAAACAGCGCCCACCAUCUAAUUGUGAAUUGACAGGUGAUGGAAACGAAAAUUCUGCUAGUAAAAUGAGACUUGUUUCUAAAAAAGCGAAGACUUCCUCAAGAUCAAGAUCCAAAAAAGAACUUAAUACUCCUAAAUUAAAUAUUGCAUAUAUCGCUCCUCCUAAAACAAAAGAAGUCCAUUGUCUAGUAACAGAUAUUCAUUCUCUUAUUCCCGGAUCUAUUUUUAAACUUCCAUUUAAGCAUGGAUGGAAACGAGAAUUAAUAUACAGAACAUCAGAUGGAUCUGCUGUCGUUACUCAGGCCAAUAUAAGAUUCGAUAUUGUAUACUAUUAUUCUCCAAAUGGCCAGAAACUACGAUCAUUACAAGAAAUUCAGGAACAAUUGGAUAUUUCAUCCGAUAAAACUUCUCUGACUAUAGAAUGUUUUACAUUUUUAGCACAACCAAUUUUCUUGUAUGAUGAACAUAAAGAACGAAUCAGAGAUGCAAAUUUCAAAUUAUUUAAGGAAGAGACUAUGGAUGAUAUGCUGUUCUACUACAAAAAUCUACAACACCUAAACAGCUACCACCAUUUUAUUAUGAAUUGACAGGCGAUGGAAACAAAAAGUCUGCUAGUAAAAUGCGACAUUUUUUAAAUAUGCAGACUUCCUUAAGAUCAAAAUCCAAAUAAAGUGAGUCACAGAAAUGUAUAAUACAUGGAUCAGAAAAUAUAAGUUCCUGCUCUAGAAAAAUGUUUAGAUACAACGAUGCCGGAUGCUAAAACUAGGGUAAUUAAGGUUCCCUGAAUAGUUUAAUGAUCUUUGAAUUAAAUGUUUAGUAUUCAUUUGUUUCUUUACACUAAAACCCUUUCAUAUUAUGAUUCUAUAUUUGUGAACAUAACAAAUUUUUUAUUUUUUAAUGUAAUUCAAGGUUGAAGAUAUUAAUAACAAUUUAAAUUAUUAGUUAUAACUUAUAAUGUACAUGUAUUAUGUUUUU